UUCAGCUGUACGGACUAGACGCGGGCGGGCUGGGCGACGGCGUUUGCCUUGAUAACUUAAAAAAGAAAACGAGAAGCAACUUAACUUGCAUACAUACCUCCUUGCUCCUGUAAUAUACAUCAGUUAGUUGUUAUUUUUGAUUAAUUGGACCAGGCUAGGAGCAAGCUAUGACGAUCGACGCAAAUAGAUAAUACGGGCUAUUGUAAUUUUGUAUAACUUCUUGCGUAUCCGCACGACUUAUAAUAGGCAGGAGAAUGUCGAUCACUUGGAUACGAAUUUCUGCCGUUUUUUUCUAAUUCUCAUCAAGCCAUCAAGCCACCAAGCAAAUCAGCCAGAAAAAUCCUCGAAAGCUGAGAGAUCCUCUGUGAUUCUCUGAGAUCUUCUGUAGAACCACAUCUUUUUUUCCCCCAACUUCUCAAAAAACAAAUUUUUGUAUCUUUUUUUUAUUGUGGUGCCGAGUAGAUCCAUAGUUGAAACUAAGGGCUUUAGUUUACUAUACAGGGUUCACACAAUAUGCACGCCUUCACCUACUUCGUUCUCUCUCUCGUCGCCGUAGCCCACGGCCUGCCGGCUUUCUUAGCCGAGCACAAGCGGGAUGAUAUCCUCAAACUCGAUCCUACGAUCGAUCUCGGGCUCGACGUUAACAACAAAAAUUCCUGCUUCGGGUUGGGUAUCUCCGUCUGCGAUCCUAUCACCGUAGACUCGCAGAAGAGCUCUACCGUUGUAAAGAAAAACAACAACAAUAACAACAACAACCGCAGAGACAACCGCAAAGACAACGACAAUAACGACAUCGACAACAACAACAGCAACAAGAUGAGGGGUAGUGACACCGAAAUCAACUUCAAUCCCGAUAUCGACCUAGACCUCCACGACUUCAACCUAGAAGGCGAUAAUAGCUGCUUCGGCAUCGGCCUCAGCGUCUGUGAUUCUAUCGCGGACGACUCGGACAUCGACGAGUCGACUGGGGAGAGUGACAGCAAGGCCAAGGCCAAGGCCAACCCGCCGUCUUCUUCUUCUUCUACGCCUACUCCUACUCCUUCACCCGCGAAAGCACCUGCAACUUAUUCUGUCCAGGCUAGUCCCGCCAGCAGCAGUCCCAGCAGCAGCCCUACUACGAGUCCUAGCAGCAGCAGCGGCGGCAACAGCUUGAUCGACGUCAGCCCAGUCAUCAAGCCCCACCUCAACCUAACCAACGCCAACAGCUGCCAGGGCGUCGGCAUUUCAGCCUGCGACCCCAUCACGGUAGAUUCCAUCGUCAAGAGCCUAAGCUCGUAAAUUCGUUACCUACCUAUUCUUUUCUUCCUUUUUUUUUGUUUAUUUUUAGGUACAUUAUGUUGUUUAUUUACCUAUGGGAGGGAAAUAUGUAUUUUGAAAGCCGUUUUUUUUUGGUUACUACCUCACCUCACCUUACCUACCUACCUACUUACUAGGUACCUGAUAUCCUGUCUCGGAUAUACAUUUGUUUACAUUCCUUGUACGUAGUUAGUUAGCAUGAGCAGUCCGAUACACGCGAUUAAUACGCAUCAUUAUUACUCGCUA